AUGAAGAUUGUCAAAGGGAAACAAAAUAGCAUUACAGCACAGUUGUCUAAAAGCCAGGUAGACACAGCUGCCAGAAAUCGACAUGUGUUAAGAUCAAUAAUAGAGGUAAUCAUUCUUUGUGGUCGUCAAAAUAUCCCACUUAGAAGCCAUGAUGACAGCAACAGUAACUUUAUGGUGUUGUUGAAUGACAAGGCUACUAGGGAUGAAAUAUUGAAAUCUCAUUUGGCUUCAAACGCAAAAGUAACAUACACAUCCCCUGAAAUUCAAAACGAAUUGAUCACUUUGUGUGGAGAACAUAUUGGCAACAAAAUUGUGAAGCAAUGCAACGAUGCUGUUUGUUAUUCGUUUCUUGCAGACGAGGCGACAGAUGCCUCCACUAUGGAACAAAUCGCCAUGUGUGUGAGGUAUUAUUCCGAGUCGGAAAAUGACUUCCGUGAGGAUUUCGUUGGGUAUAUUCAAGCAGAGUCAACUACUGGAGAAGCUCUGUUCAAUAAGUUCAUUGAAGGCCAUAGGAAUGUUGGGUUAGAUAUUACUAAGAUGCGUGGCCAGGGUUACGAUGGAGCCAGUAAUAUGUCGGGAUGUCAUCGUGGUGUACAAGCUCGGGUACAGCAACUAGUUCCACAAGCCAUGUAUGUUCACUGCAAAGCUCAUAGCUUGAAUCUUUCCAUCGUCCACGCCUGCAAAGAAGUACUUGUUAGAAACUUGCUGGACACCGUGCAGCAAAUCGGUUUUGCAUUCAAGUAUUCUGCAAAACGUCUACUUGCAUUCCAGGAAGAGCUAGGAAACGACCCUGUUGCUAGAGAAGAAAUGAACAAGCGAACCCGCCUGCAGGGUCUCUGUGAGACAAGAUGGGCCAGUCGUGCAGACUCACUAUACACCUUUAAUUAA